AUGGCACCCCCCGUCCGACCAUCUCGCUCACUCGAGGGACUUGAACGAGUAAUCCCACCACUUUCACCACACAUUUCACCAAAUAUUCCCUUCGCUACUCGCUCCGAUCUCUUUCUCAAUAAACCUCUCCCCGCAAAACCCCCUCCCGAACAGCCAGAAUGUUCGGUUAUGUGGAGUGACUCCAGCGACAGUGAAAGUACACUCGAUAGUAUCACACCAAGUGAACCCCGCCACUCAGCAGACAGUUAUCCUAUCUUUGUCAGUUCUGGUUCCGACUUGGACUUCGAUCAUCCGUCUCCAUCGGCCGAUCAACUUCCACUAUCCCCACCUCAAAAACGCACGGACUCUAUCGUUAUCAAUAUACAACCCAUUGCCGAACCCUCAGUAUCAGUUUCAUCUUCGUCUUCAUUUUCCGACACACAAUACGGACAUCCAUCGCUUUGGACCCAGAAUCGCCCAGGCACAAAUCAUUAUUUCCGCGAGAAGAAGUGGGAUUAUUUCCCCGAAUUAGCACCUUCCUCUCUACACUCCACCGGCCGCAUCAGCCCCAAUACAGUUGCACAAAACCAUAAAGUCUGCAAAAUGGGCAGCCCACUGAAAUUUGCUAAGGAAAAGUGUCGCUGGCAUUCGCUCGAUCACGGCAGUCUUGGUGGAGUUCGCGACUCAAUCAAGACUUAUGUCCACCGCACUCUCUCGCGCGAAUCAACAGGAGAAAAUAAGUCGAAGGAAACUCCCCGCCCGGCGACAGCGCCCAUGGACUACCACCUCAAUGAUGUAGGAGGUACGCUCAACAGCACAGCUCCGACGCCACAGCAAUCUGCCUUGGCCUUGGAUACACAGGUUGCCGAACGAGCUAUAUCCGUAGCUACAUCCUCGAGCAGUGAGUAUGACUAUACCAACCACAAAUUUCAUCUUGAAACACCAAUCUCGCCAACAUCGCCUAUUUCCAUCGCAACUCCCAUAACACCCCGGCCGAAACAAUUAGCAGUUCCGCUAUCUGAGUAUCAGAAACAUGGCCCCGUGAUCUGGGAAUCGUCCAAUAAAUCCAAGCGGAACGUUCAAUUCUCGAGAUUUAAUUCCUCGUCCUUGGCUGCAGAGGCAUCUUCAUCAUCGGCUCCCAAUAUAUCUUAUGCAAAUACCACCCUUGCUUCAUCCCCGUCGCGGAAGCAGUCUCAUCACAGUACCCGAGGGGUGUUUUUAGGUGCGAAGAAAAAGAUUGCAGAGUCAAAGGAUAAUCGCAGAAGGGAGCAGUUGAAGGCUCAGAUCAAGUUUGUUGGGCCUGUCAACCCACACACUUAUACACAGGCCGAUCCAUGGGUUUGA